AUGACCAACAGGCUCAGUUCUCGAUACCAGGCCCAUCUGCGCACUCCAUCGCCGGAUCCUGACGCGGGCCUGCGAGGACUCAGUCAUUAUGAGCGCCGCUUGCCAAAGUGGCGGUAUCGACUGCGAAGAUGGCUGAUUCCUGUUGUGCGAUCCGAGACUCCCCAUCUGGCUCGCAUGCAGACUGCGCUACGGUCUCCUGUUCUGGACUCCUACUUUGCCAUCACUGCGAAUUUGGGAACGCAUACCUUCUUCAUGACGGCGUUGCCAAUCUGCUUUUGGUGUGGAUAUCCUGACCUGGGGAUCGCUCUAGUGCAUAUGCUGGCUGCUGGUGUAUAUUUCAGUGGCUUUGCAAAGGAUCUCGUAUGUCUUCCAAGACCGCUGUCACCUCCGUUGCAGCGUAUCACAAUGUCUGGCUCGGCUGCAUUGGAGUAUGGCUUUCCUUCAACGCACACUACAAACGCGGUCUCUGUGGCCGUCUUCUGCCUAUACAACCUCUGGGCCGGCCGGGACGAGUACGCACCGCUCACUUUCAACCUCUUGGUAGUCGCAUGUCUGUGCUACGCCACAUCUAUCAGCAUUGGGCGCAUGUACUGCGGUAUGCAUGGCUUCUUCGACGUCAUUUUUGGAGCAGCCUUGGGAGCUCUCAUUACCGGUCUGCGAGUGGCAUACGGUUUGGCCCUCGACACAUGGAUAAUAGGAGAUGGCUGGAUACGUCCCACCGUUGUCGUGGCCAUCUUGGCUCUGGCAGUUCGUUUCCACCCUGAACCAGCUGAUAACUGCCCUUGCUUCGACGACAGCGUCGCUUUCAUUGGAGUCGUCAUGGGCUGCUCACUUGGGACGUGGCACUACGCAAAAGUCUUGACUGGAGCACACCCGCCGACAGAUGGUCUUGCCACAAUGUACGACUAUUCGAAUCUUGAUCCUCUCAAGUCUGCUGGGAGGUUGGUCGGAGGUAUCGUCGUGGUAUUCAUAUGGCGGGCAGUGAUGAAGCCAUUGCUACUAAGCUUCCUGCCUCCUGUCUUCCGCUUCAUCAGUCACUACGGAUUGAACAUACCUCGACGCUACUUUCUCCAGUCAAGGGACUACAACACUGUGCCACCGUUGAGAAGAGAUGACAAAGUUCUGCCUACCGCAUCCGAGAUCCCAGCAAUGCUCUCUUCGAUACGCCGGCGAAAGCGGACUAUUUCAGUGGGACCACAAUCCGAAGCCGAUGCACGAGAGCUCAUUGCAUCUCGCCAGCAGCUUCGACGAGAAGAAAAGGCAGCAGGCGGGCCAAAGCCAAAGUCUUCAUCCUCAUCUCUGAAAGCACCCACAACACCUUCCAUCGCCGAAGUACAGAACCCCAUGACUCCGGACGAAUCACCAGAGUCGGCGUCAUACAUGAUACCGGAGCCGAACGCAUCGAACAUAUCAACAUCAUCGCUGCAAGUCAAUGCCCCGGGCAGAGAACUCUUGACGCCACCGGCGAGUGAGAACGGAAAUCUCAGUGAUAGUGGCAAGGAAGACGAAAAGAACGAUCAGAAGAUGUUCUCGACGCUGGAGAAGCCCCGAAUCAGGUACGAUGUCGAAGUCAUCACGAAGCUAGUCGUAUAUGCGGGCAUAGCAUGGCUAGCCGUGGAAGGCAACCCUCUUCUUUUUGCAAAGCUUGGGAUAUCAUGA